AUGCUCCAGGGAACAGAGAUGGACCGAGAUGAGACAUUCAAUACCCGCUCGCCGACCGAAAAGGGAUCACCUUGGCCGCCACGGCGUUCGGAAUCGCUUUCGCCAAGAUCACCCAUCGGCCGAUCCGGACCUGGACCUGGACCUGGGCCUGUGCCAUCGACUGUUCGUAGCCCGACACGUAUUGGCAGUAUCAGCCAGAUCCAGGACCUUAGCUACAGUCCCUUCCAGUCGCCUGUCUUCAACCCGCCGAGACGGGAACGGAGAAUGAUGCGCAACACCACAGUCAUGACGCUUCACUCAGACUCGGAAUCGGACUAUGAAGACAUGCAGGACUUUGGUCGACGCCAACAGGAUUCAGCGUUCAUGGACGAAACCAUCAUCUUCGACAAUGGACUAUCUAGUAUCAAUGCAUUCGAUCGUGCCGAAAUAAACUCCAGUCGACAAUCCCAGAGCAGUGAUGCAACCGACACUGGACCAACGACACGAACACGUCGCUUUGUUUGGCGAGGUAUCGAGACGUCUGGUGACGAUCAAACAACGACAGACGAGGACACUACCAUGGAUCCGGUCGACAUGUUCAAUCAGGACAGCGAUAUGGAUCAAGGCGGCAGUGACGAAGAUCAGGGCGUAGAGAACGACAAUGAGGACGGUGCCCAGCGAUUCGGACUGAACAACAAUGCCCUUGGGAGCUACUUACUAGCACCAAUGGGUUUUGACGACGAUGAUGACCCAGGGACCUCCCCUGCUGUCAGUGGCUAUGUUGAAGCUGCCGAGCGGUUUCAAAUCUUUGCCGGAGUCAAGGAGUUUGAUGAGUCGGACCAAAUUGGACUGGAGGAUCGCGCGUAUGAGGUCAUUCCCAAGAGCAAAAGGAGAGAUCAGGAACGCAUUAUGGAGAACAAACGACGUCAAGGAAAACUGUUGUUGGUCUCGCUCCUCGAUAACUUUUGCUUGCUGUACGAUCAGAGUCCAGAGAGAAACAGGAAACUGUUCUAUGUGAUCUGCAAAACUUUGAGCAACAUGGGAAUCAUUGACGAGGAGUACCUGGAGGAGAUGAGUGCUGUGCGUUCGUCCUACCAACGCGCCUUUCGAUCCCUUGUCCUGUCGGCACUCACAUCUAUCAAGAAGGAACAGAUGAUUCUGGAGAGUCGGAGCAUUAUGGCGCCACCUUCGACACCUACGGAGGGCAGUCAGCAAAACAGUAGAGGCUCUCGCAGCAGCGAUGUAAACUCUAGAGGCAGUUUCUCCGAUUCAUUCUCGUCCCGCGGCAUCAUUUCAGCCUCCAACCAUCUUCACACGCCACCAGUCGACAACGCAACCUUCCCCACGACGGCCAUGAUGAGGACUCUAUCGUUCGGAGACAUGUUUGACAACGACCCGACGCGCUACAAGCACGACUUUGUGGAGAUUGGCAAGCUCGGAAAAGGAGGGUUUGCGAGUGUCUUCAAGGCAAGGAAUAAGCUGGACGGGAUCGAAUAUGCGAUUAAGAAGAUUCGACUCCGUGGUGGUGCCAAGGUGCGGUACGAGAAGAUUUUCCGGGAGAUCAAGUUUCUGGCGCGGCUGGACCACAAGAACGUCAUUCGGUACUAUUCGUCCUGGCUGGAGCAUGCUGACUAUCCGGUCUCACGGCGGGAAAUGUACGGCAACGGCGACCUUGAUACCAAUGGCGACGUGGACGAGUACGAUGACGACUAUGGAGAUGAGGACGAGUACACUAACACCAUGAGUAUGAGUGUUAGCGUUCGCGAGGAUGAGAUGACCAACCCAGUCCGGAACAGGAGGCCAAGUGUCGAUUAUUUUGGACCGCACGCCGAGCAGCACUCUACCGACCCCGAGGAUCUGUCCAUGGGUAUCGUCUUUGGCGACGAUGGUGAUGGCAGUGAUGGCUGCGAGAUUGACUUUGAGUCUGCGGCAGGGCUGAACGACUCUGUCGAGGGCGAGAUCAACUUGCACGAGCCGGGUCGGAUCUUGAACUUUGGAGGCGCUAGUGAGUCUUAUGAGGGCGAGGAUAUGGAGCGCACCCACUCUGCUUCGUCCACUCUUACCAGCCGGAGCAUUCCAGGAGCCGCCAAAAAACCGCCUCAGCAGCGGAAGCACAAGUCACCGACAGUGUCGCAGGAGAUGCAGGGCAGGACACCGACUUGGGAGUACACCGAGGGCGACUCAAGGAACUCGAGGAGUGGUCUGUCCAACUCUUACUCGGCCCUUUCAUCAUCUAUUGAAGAGAUCCAAAGGUCGCUGCCUAAUUCGUACUCUAGCUCGGGUUUGGGUUCGCGCUAUGGCCAAUCUCAGUCGGGAGGUCAUGAACUGGACCCUAGGGAGGACGAGCUCGGCCUGCGCCCUUUCUCAUAUCCUCAUCGGAGGGGACCGAGCGGGAAGGACUUUGUUGGUGGUGGAAUCGGAGGACUGCACGGCGUGGGGUCGUCAAGGAGUGAUCAUUCUCAGCGAGGCCUGCGUAACAGUACAGGACAGCUCAUCACCCGCGACCUGACCCUGUUCAUCCAGAUGCAGCUUUGCCAGACAACGCUCCAAGAUUACUUGGUUUACAGGAACGAGCGACCAGUACCCAUCACCAAGAAGCCGAUUGACCAGUUGACCAGGAAGCUCAGCAAGAAGGACCGCUUUGGUAUCCUUGCAACUGCAUCCGACCCUACGGAUCAAACUACACACAGCACACCGGGGUCGCCUCUUCAACAGACAUGCCACAAGGAACUCGUCGAUCAGGCUGCUAACCAACACAUCUUCCGAGCUAUCGUCGAAGGAGUUGCUUAUAUCCACGACCAGGACAUGAUCCAUCGAGACUUGAAACCCAGCAACAUUUUCCUUGGCAUGCCUCCUGGCGCGGAGCAUAUGCGCGCACAGCAACAGCAGCAACAAGCCCGACAGGACCAAUGUAGUCUGGAUUCGGAUCUGGCGCAAUUGGCGGGUGUCACCUCGGCCGGUCUUUUGACAAACUUCGCAGAUGUAAGUGGUGGCAUCUCGGAGCCGAGCGACACUUCAUCGCAAUGCCGUCUGACGAAGGAGCAGGAACAGGAGGAACUCUUUAUGAACAUUGAGACCAUGGUGCCCAAGAUUGGUGAUUUUGGUCUUGUGACUGACCAGGAAGGUGGGGCUACCAUGGGCAAAGAGGAGUCUCAGGACUCUUCGUCUGUCACUUCUUCGUCCCAAGCAUCGUCUUCUGACAGACCUCUCAUGCGCCGCCAAAGCUCUGCAGCCACAUCUGGGUCUCGUUCCUCGCGCACCAGAACAACCGCUGUUGGAACCGUAACCUACGCCUCUCCAGAACAACUUGCAAGACCAAACCUCGGCUAUGACCAAAAAGCCGACAUCUACUCCCUCGGUAUCAUCUUUUUCGAACUUUACCACCCGUUCUCGACCCUUAUGGAACGGCACGCGGUUCUGAGGACGCUGCGCAAUGGCGAGUUGCCGCCAGAGUUUGUGAGUCGGUGGCCAAAGGAGGCAGCGUUUGUGCUCUGGUUGAUGGCGGAGGAUCCGCGUAUGCGGCCUUCAGCGCGUGAGAUCUUGGAGUUUGAUAUGAUUCGGAAGGCCAAGGAGGAGGCUAUGAAUGUCUCUCAAAGUGGUACGCCGACGGAGAAUGAUGGCAGUUCAGCGUCUUCUCAUCGUGGAUCUGGACAAGGGGCGGAGGGGAGACAAAAGGAGGAGCUGUAUGGAUUGGGAUUGUUGACUGAGACGGGUGUGUCCAAGCCAAAGGUUUCGUCGUUGAAGGAAAAGUCGAUCUGUGAAGCUUGUCAGGCCCGCUGUCGAUGCUCCUCCCCGUCCAACUCUUCUCGGCCUUCUUCGGCAUCUGUUGUUCCCAGCUCGGACCCCAGUGGACUUGUCGAUCUAUCCAUGCCUGGAACCAGCGUUAGCAUCGAGGCAGAGUCUAUUACUCCAAAACCAAAGUCCAAGGACACGACCAAACGCUUCUCGUCUUCUAGCCACGGCCGUGGCCAUCGUUCCUCGAAAUCAACCUCGAUGUCCCAGAAACUUAGCCGCUCCGAGCUGGAACAUAAACUGACGGAGGAGACAGAACGGUCAAAGCGGUUGGAAAUGUCGUUGGAGGCGAUGCGAGCUGAGCAGAAGGCGUUGUUGGAUCGGAUUCAGGCUUUGGAGUAUGAGAAGGAUCUUUCGUGGCGCGGUGGUUCAUGUGGUGGCAGUGGUGGUGGUGGUGGUUCGAAGGGACCUGUGGAUGAUGAUGAUGAGCUUUAG